GAGAGAGGGAGAGAGAGAGAGAGAGAGGAUUUGUGGCAUUUAGUGUGUCAGCUGUCAUUAGGCGCAGAUGAAACACGCACACACAAAGCGAAAAUAGGGGAAAUGCAAAGCGAGUGUGUGUGUGCUUGAGUGGCGUGUGUGUGUGUGUCGUGCUCUGCUGUGUUGACCGUGUGUGUGUGUGUGUGUGUGUGUGUUAGAGAGCCGGCCGGCAUGGGACGGUGGGCCGGCUCGGCGCUGGUUGUGGACGGGUUCCCUCAGGAGCUCAGGUGCUGAUAUUUGCUGAAGAUGAGUAGCGGGGGGGGGAACACCCCGGAGCCCCCCAGAGGGGGAGAGUCUCUGAAGAGGAAGGACGGUCCGUCGGACCUCCUGCUGGGGCCCAGCCCUAAGAGGAGCACCGAGCGGAGGAACCGGGAGCAGGAGAACAAGUACAUCGAGGAGCUGGCCGAGCUGAUCUUCGCCAACAUCAACGACAUGGACGACCUGAACGUCAAGCCGGACAAGUGCGCCAUCCUCAAGGAGACGGUGAAGCAGAUCCGGCAGAUCAAGGAGCAGGAAAAGGCUCCAGUGGCCGAUGCUGAGGAGGUGCAGAAAGCCGACGUCUCCUCCUCAGGACCGGGGGUCAUCGAUAAAGACGCCCUCGGACCCAUGAUGCUGGAGGCCCUGGACGGCUUCUUCUUCGUGGUCAACGUGGAGGGCAACAUCGUGUUCGUCUCGGAGAACGUCAGCCAGUACCUGCGCUGCCAGCAGGAGGAGCUGAUGAACACCAGCGUCUACAGCGUGCUGCACGUCGGCGAUCACGCCGAGUUCGUCAAGAACCUUCUGCCCAAGAGCCUGGUGAAUCAUCGCGGCGGCGACUCGUCCAACAGGAACAGCCACACCUUCACCUGCCGCAUGCUGGUGGACCCUCGGGCCUCCGACCCGCAGGGCGCCGCGCCGCAGAAGUACGAGACUCUGCAGUGCUUCGCCGUGUCGGAGCCCAAGUCCAUCCGGGAGGAGGGCGAAGAUUUCCAGUCGUGCCUCAUCUGCGUGGCGAGAAGAGUCCCCGUCAAAGAGAGGCCCGUGACGCCCGCCUACGAGAGCUUCACCACGCGGCAGGACCUUCAAGGUAAGAUCACGUCGCUGGACACCAGCCUGCUCCGGGCCUCCAUGAAGCCGGGCUGGGAGGACCUGGUGCGGCGCUGCAUCAAGAGGUUUCACCUGCAGAAUGAAGGGGAGAUGUCCUUCGCUAAGAAACACCAGCAGGACGGUGAGCGAGACGAUGUUGAGAGACGCGGCCAGGCCCUCAGCCCCCUGUACAGGUUCUCCCUGGCCGACGGCACGGCGGUGUCGGCUCACACCAAGAGCAAGCUGAUCCGAUCCGCGGCCACCAGCGAACCGCAGCUCUACAUGUCCCUGCACAUCCUGCAGAGGGAGAACAUGAGCGCAGACGUGCCAGGCGGUCAGAGUCCGGCCAAGCCGAUGACACCAACCGGCGUGAGUGGCCCCUCCCCUUCCCCCGAGGCCAGCGUGACCAGCAACACGCACCACGGUUUUGUGAGCGUGUCGGGUCGGGCGCCCACACCCCAAGCGGCUCAAGCUGGGCAGCCCUCGGCCCAGGGAGGCCCGGCGUCACGCGGAGCCCUGGUCGCCAUGCUGUCUCCUGGCCAUCGCCACAGCCCCAGCAUGGCGACCAGCAGCAGCUGUAACAGCCCCCACCCGCAACACGCCCCGGGUUCUUUCUCUCUGCUGCCGAGACUCCACUCGCCAACAUCCGUGUGCAGCAGCACGAGAAACAGCCACGAGUUCAGCUCCCUGAGCGCGUUGCAGGCCCUCAGCCAGGGCCACAGGGUUUCCCGGGGAGUCGCCGAGGGGCCCGACGAAGAGAACAAUUCCAGCUUGGAGGCCGACCUGUUGGGAACAUUUGGGCAGCAGCAAGGCUUGGUGUCCCCAAACCAGGACGCAGAUCAGGAGACGGAUGGCGUACGGGAAACGGGCGACGCCCCUAAUUGCCUCCUGAACACGAAGGGCCACACGAAGCUGCUGCAGCUCCUCACCACGAAAUCGGAGUCCGCCGAUCCCUGCUCGUCCCCCUCACCGGAGGACGAGCAGACCUGCAAGGACCAGCCGGGCGGGGUCGGCGGCUCGGGGCACAACAACCACCCCACCUCGCUCAAGGAGAAACACAAAAUUCUCCACAAGCUGCUGCAGAACGGCGCCUCGCCCGUGGAGUUGGCCAAGCUGACGGCGGAGGCCACGGGAAAGGACCCCGCGGGUCCCGAGUCGGCCUCGGGGGACAACAUGGCCUCUCUGGGCGAGCUCUUCGUGAAGCAGGAGCCGGGGAGCCCGAAGAAGAAGGACAACGCGCUGCUGCGCUAUCUGCUGGACAGGGACGACAACGGCGUCCCGGACAAAGCCAUCAAGGCGGAGCCCGGCGACGGCCCCCCGCUGACCAGCGUCACGGCGGAGCCGCAGGGGGGCGACUUCAACGUAGCCGCCCAGGUCAGUGCCGCUGUCUCAAUCCACCAGGCUAACAUUUUCAAAUGGAUUCUUCCUCACACGGCGUGGAAAGUGAGGGCUCCUCAAACCUUUAGAAAAGUGUGUGUGUGUGUGUGUGUGAGAAAAAGGGGAAUGAGAAUUUGCAGAAAGCCUUCCGUCCUUACCCAAUCAGGCAUGCUGAGUAUGCGAGGUUCCAUGCAGCAGGGCUGGGGUCCCCAGGGGCCCGUGGGCGGCAGCGGGGGGCCAAUGAUGGGCCAAGGGGUGGGGCCGAGUCGGAUGGCCCCCAACAUGCACAGCAGAGGCCCGCCCGGGUCCAGAGGCGUGGUCGGCAUGCAGAUGAUGAGCAGCGUGGAGAUGGAGAUGUCAAACCCCGCCUACGCUCAGCAACAAGCUCCGCCCAAUCAGACCGCGCCCUGGCCCAACCGCAUGAUGGCCGGGGAUCACUACGGGAACCACAGCAGGCCGGGGUACGGCGCCCCCCAGGAGGACGGGAUGCGGUGCUGCGGCCAGGGGCCCGAGGGCCCGCCGGACGAGGGCGCCCUGCUGAGCCAGCUGUGCUCGGUGUUGAAGGACUACGAGGGUCUGGAGGAGAUCGACAAGAUGCUGGGCAUCCCGACUCUGGCUGGACAGACCCUCGUGCAGGACCAGGACCACUACCUCGGCUCCUCGGACCCGGCGGCCUCCAUGAAGCAUUUCCUGUACAGUCAACACUAUGCGCCCCCCCCGGGUUACGGGUCGGCGCCCCCCGACGGCGGCUUCCACGGCCCGUCCAUGAGCGGCCACAUGGGGCCGCAGAGGAUGGCGCCCGCUGGCUACCCCCCGAUGAUGAGGAUGCCGGGAGGCGCCGGGCCCAGGCCGGUCGGGACCCGGCCGGGGGGGCCCGGUCCAGGGGUGCCGCCUCAGCCCAACAACCUGAGGCUGCAGCUGCAGCACCGACUUCAGGCUCAGCUGAACCGCCAGCCGAUGGUGAACCAGAUGAGUGGAGUGUCCAAUAUGAAUCUACCUCUAAGGGCUAACAUACCAAACCAGGGACCCCUCAACGUUCAGAUGCUGGCCCAGCGGCAGCGCGAGUACCUCAGCAACCACCUCCGCCAACGCCAGCAGCAGCAGCAGCAGCAGCAGCAGCAGCACGUACACCAGCAGCGCGCCAUGAUGAUGCGCGCGCAGGGCAUCAACGCGCCCACCGGGGGCUCCGCCCCCACGCCGAUGCCCAUGGGCGGCACCAACCCGCGGCUCCCGCAGGGCAGCCCGCAGCAGUUCCCCUACCCGGGCUCCAGCUACGGUACCGGCCUGCCCUCCCCUCCUCCGCCCCCUCACCCCGGCUCCUCCAGCCCCUUCUCCUCCCCCCUCUCCCCCGGCCAUCACCUGAUGGGAAGUGUGGGGGGCCAGUACGGGGUGAUGAGCCCCCCGUUGCAGCACGGCGCCUACCAGUUCAGCAGCUCAGGGAUGAGCCAGCAGCAGCAGAUGCACCAGGACCCGGCGGCGGGUUUCCCGUGCGGCGCCGUGAGCCCUCAGAGCCCCCUGCUGUCCCCGAGGAUGGGUCAAGGUCAGGGCCCCAUGCUGCAGCAGAGCCAGGGCCAAGCCCAGAGCCAGGGCCCCAACCCGAGGGCGGCGCCAGCCUACCAGGCGAGCAGCGGGUGGCCCCAACCCGCCAACAUCAACAGCGGGUACCAGCAGGCCCAGUCGCAGUACUCCACGCAGGCCAACGGAGGGAUGUACAGCAACAGCAACAACAACAACAACAACAACAGCGUGAACCUGGGAGUCAUGGUCAACAGCAUGAGCCACAUGUCAGGACAGAUGAGCACGGAGCAGGGGAGGGACGGCGGCCUGAUCCUGGACCAGCUGGCGGGGAUGGACAUGAUGACGCAAGAGGGCGAAGACAAUUCUAAUUUCUGCUGACCCCGGCUGUGGAUGAGCAGCGAGGAGACGACUGUGUGUGUACGUGAAGGGUACACAACUGUGUGUGUGUGUGUGUGUGUGUCUGUGUGAAUCCAAGAACAGUUCGACACUGGAGAAGCUAAACCUCCUGGAUUUCAUCUUUUACGAUUCCAUUUCGGAACCUGACUCAAAACGUCAAAUGAGAAGGUUUGAGAUGAAAUAUUUUACAGGUAUUUAUAGUUUUGAAGAAGUUUUUAGAGAUUCUUUGUAUGACGUGAAAAAAAAAACAAGAAUAUCUUUUGUUUAAGAAAAUCUCUCGAAAUGGUACAUUUUGAUGUAAUUUUUAAAAUUAAUAUAUUUCAACUGCUGUAGUUACAAGGGAGCUGUUUCCCUAUUUAAUGACUCUUUGAAUGAAGGUGGAUGUGUGUAGAUUGUGUACAUACUUAGAGACCUCUAUGUGGUAUUGCAAAACAGCAGUUUGGAGUUUAUUCCAACUAAUGGGGAGCGGAAAUAUUUGAUUGGUUGAAUGAAACCUCAGUGGGCGGAGCUUAAGAACGGUCAUUUAAUUUGGCUUUCCUAAAAAAGUGUCUCAAUAGCCACUCUAGAUUUGCAAAACAUAUAUAUAUCAAAAUAUACUUAAAGUAGCAUGUAAAAGCAUUAUUAUUAUUAUUAUUAUUAUUGAUGUGUUUAUCAAAUUAAUGUUGCAGCUCUUAAAGGUGCAGCAAAGCUUAAUUACUUUCUAUUUUUUGUUGAUCUAUAUUUUGUUACUACUGCUGUGCAAGUACCCCAGUAAAAGAAACGGACUAAUAAAUCACACGUAUUGCAUCAAACGGAAAAUCAUUAAACGUGUUAUUAAGUAUUCUGUUUUCUCCCCCUUCUGAGAUUUAACCAAUCAGAUGAUUUCUGCCUCUGACAUCAGUCUGUGUGAAAAUAAUAAACCUUCCGGUGCUCUUAAGAAGUGAAGCUGCUGAGGAGCAGUUCAGUCUGCUGGGGGAAUCUGCAACACGGAGGAUCCAGGGAGUUUCCUGUGGGGGGUCCGGAGGGGGGGAGGGGGGCACACCCUGAACGCACACUGUAACGGUGUGAAAAAAACUGUCUUCAAAGUGAAACACUGACCUGAACGUUUAUAGUUGUUAUUAUAAGAUGUUUGUGUUGUUUUUAUUUUUUGUCCUUUUCAGCUUUCAAUACAGUACAUCAUACUCGGAGUGAUUGGAUAUUUUAUAUAUAAUGUGUAAUAUAUAUAUAUAUAUAUAUAUAUAUAUAUAUAUAUAUAUAUAUAUAUAUAUAUAUAUUAUUAUUAUGUACAAUAUCCAAUCAGUACAUUGAACUAUUUUGAACCAUUAUGCUGAACGCAUAAUGCCUUCAGUGUUCAUACCGUCGCUGUAACCCCCCCCCCCCACCCACACAUCCGCUCCCCCCACCUGGCUUUUUAGAUUUCAUCCCCCUAGAAGAGCAAUAGUUGUAACUUUGAGCUGCAGUUUCCUUUAAAUCAUGUUAAUACUUAAUAAUAAUAAUGACGAGGAGGAGCUGUGGAGUUGUCAAAUAUUGGAUAUUUCAAACGAGGUUAGAUGGCGACGGCUCUUCAGAAACCUUCCGCUGACCUCACAGAUGUGCUGCACCCAAGUUUUACUUCUACGGUCUUAAACUGUUUGACUGUUUGAUACUAAAUAGAAGGGAUGUAAAAACUAAACACUGGAAGGGCUUCACAGAGCUGAUUAAUGUUGUAUUUCACUUCUAAUCUCUUCGCGUUUCACUCUUUAAGACUGUCUCAUUUUACUCUUCAUUUAAAGCCAUCUUUAAAUUAUUCCCGCUGCAUAAGUACUGGAUUUGUUUUCUACAAUGAAAUUUGAAUUAAUCUUCAGCUCACUUUUGUGUUUCACCACCAGAGUGCGUCAGAGUGUCUUUAAAUGAGAGAAUUCAGUGAAUGUGAAUGGAUCUCUCGUUUUACAGGAGACUUUACUAUUAUUCUGAUUAUUAUGAAUGACGCGGUUCCCCAGCAGAGUGCAGCAGGUUAUUGUUCUAAAGGAAUACUGAAGAGAGCACAGCUGAUCCGAACUCUUGAGUUGGCUCCUCCCCGGGAGGUGAAAGCGGGGGUCAAAGGUCAAAGGUCACCGGUGGCGGCGCUUUCGUUUCAACCUCGCCGCCCCGGCGGCGCGUGUUCGAUGUCUCGCGGGUGUUUUUAUGCAAAAGUCCAGACGUUUACACCACUUUAUGCAAACCGUCGACUCCAAUGAUGCUUUUGCCAAUGCUGCGUUAAUUUAUGAUUCAUGCUGCUGUAAAUAAAUUAUUUUUAUUGAG